AUUGCAAUCUUGACCAAAGUUCAACCUAUUGCAUUGCUCAAACCUGCGCAUGACUCCCCCCAUGCCAACACCGCCUAUGCCGUGGAACGCCGGUAUGUUAUUUCACAGGCUGCAGGAAGAUAAAUUCUCGCAGAAAAUUUUACAGAUCUCGUCCCUUUAAACUCCCUUUCUACGCUAGCUAACUCUAGAGACCCCAAUCCCACCAUCAAGCUCAGAACCCAAAUACCUAAUACACUUCUUCUUCAAUCAACCAUUCCAAAAGUUCCCCCCCACAGCAUACCAAAAUGUAAGCUGGAAUCUUACCAAAAGUGCUACUAGAUAUAUUGCGAUACAUUUCCUAAUGUUAAUCCCCAGGACCGACAUUUUCGGGCCGGCAGCCAACUGCAUCGGUGAAACAGUCAAGGGAGCCGGCGAUCUCGCAGGGAAUCACGCCAAGAAAGCCGACCACAAAGCUACAGGAAACACGGGCUGUAAUCAACGUCCGCAAUUCUCUCCCCCGCACCAAGACCACCCCCAGCAAAACCAACAGAACCUAGGCCCACCACCACCGAGCAGUCAGGGCCCUCCUCCGCAAAAUCAGGGCAGCCCGGUACCUCCACCACAGCCAAAUGGCGGGUCUCCCCUAAACAACAAGGACAACAGCAAUCGGCCACGGUAA